AUUCUCCAGGGUUUCUUCACUUCCACGGGCUUCCCAUCUCUCAUUUCUCUAGCUUCUAACUGCAAUGGUAUCUGGUUCUUCAUUUUGUCAUAUGCAAAAGUUCAGAAGUUCCUCUUCACUAAGGAGUCCUCAGGAGCAGGGGAAACUCACCUAACUAGACUGGAGGAUAAUUCCACUUUUAGCUUUGCCAUGGUAUGGAAACUUGUCCUCUGAAUCUUUAUGUGUUGUAGCAACUCACAGGCAUUCCUAUGAUGUGGCUGCUUUUAACAACAACCUAUUUGAUUUGUGGAAUUUUAAAUGCUUGUGGCCUCUUUAAUUUUGAAAAAGAAGCAAAUCCUGAAGUGUGGAUGAAUAUCAGUGAAAUCAUCACCUACAAUGGCUACCCCAGUGAGGAGUACGAAGUCACCACUCAGGAUGGGUACAUACUCAGCGUCAACAGAAUUCCCCACGGACGAAGAGACACUAGCAGCACAGGUGUCCGGCCAGUUGUAUACUUGCAGCAUGCCCUGUUCACAGACAAUGCCGCCUGGCUUGAGAAUUAUGCCAAUGGCAGCCUGGGAUUCCUUCUAGCAGAUGCAGGUUAUGACGUAUGGAUGGGAAACAGUCGGGGGAACACUUGGUCAAGAAGACACAAAACACUCUCAGUGAAUGAUGAGGAAUUCUGGGCCUUUAGCUUUGAUGAAAUGGCCAAAUAUGAUCUCCCAGGAAUAAUAGACUUCAUUGUAAAUAAAACCGGUCAGGAGAAAUUGUAUUUUGUCGGACAUUCCCUUGGUACCACAAUAGGGUUUGCAGCCUUUGCCACCAUGCCUGAACUGGCACAAAGAAUCAAAAUGAACUUUGCCUUGGGUCCUACGAUCUCAUUCAAAUACCCUACGGGCAUUUUUACCAGUUUUUUCCUACUUCCAAGUUCCACAAUCAAGAGGAUUUUUGGUACCAAAGGUUUCUUUUUAGGAGAUAAAUUAAGGAAGUCACCUUCUACCAAAAUCUGCAACAAUAAAAUAUUAGGGGUCAUAUGCAGUGAAUUUCUGUCCUUAUGGGCUGGAUUCAACAAGAAAAAUAUGAAUGCGAGCCGAAUGGACGUGUAUAUGUCCCACGCUCCCACUGGAUCAUCAGUACAGAACAUCCUGCAUAUAAAACAGCUUUACCGAUCUGAUGAAUUCAGAGCUUAUGACUGGGGAAGUGAAGCUGAGAACAUGCGUCACUACAAUCAGAGUCGUCCCCCACUAUAUGACAUGACUGCCAUGAAAGUACCUACUGCUAUUUGGAUUGGUGGAAACGAUGUCCUUGUAACGCCCUGGGAUGUGGCCAGGAUACUCCCUCAAAUCAGGAAUCUCUGUUACUUCAACCUAUUGCCAGAUUGGAACCACAUUGAUUUCAUCUGGGGCCUUGAUGCCCCUCAACGGGUGUACAGUAAAAUCAUAGAUUUGAUGAAGUCAUAUCCUUAACUGCAAUACAGCUACUUUUCAGUUAAAAGUCGCUUCCAAGACCAUAAGAGGCUUUGGAGAAAAUACUAAUCAGCAAUGAGGACUACUCCAGCAUCCUUCACCUUGUUGCUGUUGCUGAGGUGUUCCCUGAUCAUGUCAUCCCAGCUAGGAAUUAUUUCAACUGUACUGCUCUUUCUCUAAGAAAUAUCCACAUAUGAAAUUUCAGAAUCUCUCCCUCUCAGUCAGGGUUAGGUCCAUUUUUUCAUCUAAGAAGUCCUAGGAAACUCUUCUCUGCUAGUGGUACACUUUAGGGAGGAGUUAAAACAAGCCUUUCUCUUUCUUAUUUCAAAUAUGUUAUAGUGGCUUCAUAUAAAUGAUACUCAUUUCCCACCCCCUUUUUCAAAGGAUUGAAUAUAAGCAUAGGAGUGCUGGCCUAGAAAAACCUGGUCAAGGGAGUCGUUUGGCAAUAUAUUUCGGUUGGUUGUAAUCUUGUGGCUUUCUUGAAAUCACAAUUAGGGCAAUAGUCAUAUGGUCAUCUAUAGACGAGCCAUGAAAUAAGCCUGACUCACAUCAAGCAUGAAAAAAAUAUAGAAAACUAACCACAUUUAACUAUUCCAGGAGUUUGUUUUACUGUUACAAGUUGGGGAGGGGGAGCAUAAAAUUGGGAAUGACUAGGAUAAACUGAAUUCCUAGUUAUUGAAAUUAUUAACUAUAGACCACUGUCUUUAAAGCAAGGUUAAAUUAAACAAAACUUUCUGAAAAUAGUGUAUUAGAGCUCAUUGACAGUAGGCAAUAAUCUUAAGUUAUAACACAUGAGAGAUUAUUCUCUCUGGUUUUGCUUUAAAGAUAAACUAAACUGAUCAGCCAGGAGGUCUUCCUUAUCAAAGUAGAAUUUAUACUACUGCAUUUGUACCCUGUCAGGUUUAAAGCAGCUUCCAGAAAGCCUAAUUUAGGACCAGCAAGAGAGGCACUAGGAAUUCCAAAGUCUUGCUUUAUUUCAGUCUCUAAAUGGCGCCAGACAGUGAUUCUAGGAUUUAGUACAGAGUUCCAAAAGUAGCGUGAAGUUUUAGUGUCACUUUUGUAUUCCUGAAUGGUGUGAACUUGGAAAUGACCUUUACCUUCUAUGAAGAUGUAAUUAUUGGAAAACUGUUUAUGAACCUCAAGAAAUCAUAAAUAAAUAAUGCAUAUACAUA